AUGCAGGCAGAGGCCGGGAGCUCGGCGGGUCCCCGCCGGGCGGUGGAGAAGCUGUCCGAGGCGGUGGGGACGCGCGCCAAGGCUCUGGGCAGCGCCCUGCAGGAAGCCCAGCGCCAGCGGCGCCUCCUGCUGGCCAUCGUCUGCGUGGCGCUGCUCCUGGACAACAUGCUCUACAUGGUGAUCGUGCCCAUCAUCCCCCACUACCUGGCCACCAUGGGCGGCGGCGCGGGGGCGGCAGGGCCAGGGCCCUGGCAGGCCGACGCCAACAGCAGCGGGGCCGCGGCGGGCUGGCCCGGCAACACCACCCAAGGCCCGCGGCUGGUCCCGCCCCUGCCGGCCGACAACGAGGACAUCAAGAUCGGGGUGCUGUUCGCCUCCAAGGCGCUGCUGCAGCUGCUGGUCAGCCCGCUGAGCGGCACCUUCAUCGACCGCGUGGGCUAUGUCCUGCCACUGCUGAUCGGGCUGCUGGUGAUGUUCCUCUCCACCCUCAUCUUCGCCUUCGCCGAGAACUACGGCACGCUCUUCGCCGCGCGCAGCCUGCAGGGCCUGGGCUCGGCCUUCGCCGACACGUCGGGCAUCGCCCUCAUCGCGGACAAGUACCCCGAGGAGUCGGAGCGCAACCGCGCUCUGGGCCUGGCGCUGGCCUUCAUCUCCUUCGGCAGCCUGGUGGCGCCCCCCUUCGGCGGCAUCCUCUACCGGCUGGCCAAGAAGCAGUCGCCCUUCCUGGUGCUGGCCUCCAUCUCCCUCCUGGACGCACUGCUGCUGGUGGUGGCCAUCAAGCCUUUCGCCGACAGGACUCGGGAAAACAUGCCCGUGGGCACCCCCAUCCACCGGCUGAUGGUGGACCCCUACAUCGCGGUGGUGGCAGGGGCCCUCACCACUUGCAACAUCCCCCUGGCCUUCCUGGAGCCCACCAUCGCCAAUUGGAUGAGCAGCACCAUGAACGCCAACGAGUGGCAGAUGGGCCUGGCUUGGCUGCCGGCCUUCUUCCCCCACGUCCUGGGCGUCUUCAUCACGGUCAAGCUGGCUGACAAGUACCCCCACCUGCAGUGGUUUUAUGGGGCAUUGGGCAUGGUCAUCAUCGGGGCCAGCUCAUGCAUGGUGCCUGCUUGCCGGAACUUUGGCCAGCUCAUGGUCCCCUUGUGUGGCAUCUGCUUUGGCAUUGCCCUGGUUGACACGGCCCUGCUGCCCACCCUUGCCUUCCUGGUAGACGUGCGCCACGUCUCAGUCUACGGCAGCGUCUACGCCAUUGCCGACAUCUCCUACUCAGUGGCCUAUGCCCUGGGGCCCAUUGUGGCCGGAGAGAUUGUCCACUCCUUUGGCUUUAUCCAGCUCAGCUUGGGGAUGGGCCUCGCUAACGUCCUUUAUGCCCCAGUCCUGCUGGCCCUCAAAAACAUUUGCCAGAUGAAACCCUCUCACUCCGAGAGGAACGUCCUUCUUGAUGAGGGGCCCAAAGGACUCUAUGACACUAUCAAGAUGGAAGAACGCAAAAGCAAGGGUAGAAAUCGCCACUUGGUGGGGGAUUUUGAAGAGAAUAGUGUAGAUGCCUACCACAGAGACUUUAAAGGGGUUUCUGAGGAUGAUUCGUCAGACUAUGACUAUACUUAGAGCUUGGCCAGAAGGCUUGGUAGGAAGAU